AACUUGCAAAACAAUAUUACAGGAGGAACAAAAAAGCUCGUGAACAAAAUUAAAGGGAAAACACAAAGGCCAUUGCCAGAGCUGCUAAAGGAGUAUGACAUUCCAGUAGGCAUUUUCCCUCGCGAGGCAACCAACUACGAGUUUAACGAAGAGACAAAGAAGCUUACUGUCCAUUUUCCGGAGUUAUCUGAAAUUACUUACCGAGAUGCAUCCAUAGUACGGUUCAAUACUACAGUUACUGCACAUUUGGAGAAGGGAAAGCUAAGUGAGAUAGAGGGAAUGAAAACAAAAGUGACGUUCCUUUUUAUAUCAGUUAGUGUAAUCUUGUGUGAACAAACAGAGAUUCAUUUCACUGCUGGGUUGAGGAGAACACGUCCUAGAGCUGUAUAUGGCGCCUUCAGGGAUGGAAUUGGGAUAGACAAAUUCUAGUGAGACCAACUAACUUUGAACAUUGAGUUUGUCAUACAAUACUAAUAUGAUAUUCUAUCGGUAAUUUUUUUGGGAGAAUUGAUUUUAUAGGACAUUUAUAAUUUUUUUUUUCACUUAGUUUAUUCUUUUUAUGAGAGAUCUGUUUUACAUAAAAGUUUUGCACUUUCUUUCUUGUCCAUGUAAUGGUUGUAACUACAAGUUUAUAUUGAUAAUUUGAGUUCAGAUUUCAGCUAGUA